UGUCCGUACUACAUAAGUACAGGCAAGUGAACUUCCCCUCACCCGCUGCGCGAAGCCAAUUGUACUGAUAAAACAUUCGACUCUGCACCUUCCCAGGUCAUCUUGUCAUUAUGAUGGACGACUUCGCGGAAUGGCGUUCCAUUCGGCCGUGGCGUCCUACCCUGGCACUGUCCAUCCGUGAAAUAACAUCGGUUUCCGUCACCUUCAUCCUAUCCUCCCCCUACAGCUCCGACUCCAUCGGCUCUCUCAGCAUGUCUUCCGACGAAGAUGAAGGGUCAGGCUCGGAAGACGAUUGCCAGCCAGACAGGACGCAGAUCAUCUCGGAUGUCCUCGCAAAAGGGCUGUCGGUCAAGGUCAACGGCAUCCCUUGGCAAAGAGUGCUCAUCAAAAUCGACGAGGAGACGGAUGAGGCCGUGAUCAUCUUGUUCGGGCUUAUGCCAGGCAGGCAGUAUGACGUCGAGCUGGGAGUGGUGCCGGGCGAGAGGACAUUGCGAGGGCAGAUCACUACUGGUGAGUACAUCCUGUUCGGGCUUGUCUGGAGGGCGGUAUGGCGAACGAGGAUUCGGGACGACGAUGCGUGCAGCUCCCUUCCCUCUAGCAACUCUUCCCAAGCGCUCUCCAUCUCUCCUUCCCAAACCUCACCAUCCUCCUCCCCUUCCGCACCUGUGCUGAUGCCAACCCCAGCACCUCUCACACUGGAGGCUCGCCGACAGCAGCUCACGCACGAGCUCGCGACGCUCAACGCGGAACACGCGCAGCUGACUGCGGCGCUCAAGACCGCGCGCAAAGAGGCGCAGAAGGCGGACGCGGGUCUGCGCGCAGAGAUCGACGCGCUGAAGCGUGCGGCUGAGCGCGGCGCGGCGGGCGAGCAGCGGGCGAAGCAGAAGGUGCUCGCGCUGCGCGAGGCGAGAAAGCAGACGGAGGCGGCCGCAGAGGCUAUCGAGGCGGCGCGGAAGGAGGUGGAGGCGGCGCUCCCUGGGCUCGAGCAGCGUGUGCGCGAGGCGGAGGAAUCGUUGGGGAAGGUGAGACAGAGGACAGAGGAGAAGAGAAACGAGCGCAAGGAGGCAGAGGCGAGGGAGCGGAGGAGGCGCGAGGGGUGGGGGGCAGAGAUGAGUGCGCUAGGACGGACGUUGGAGAAGUUGGCUGUGAGGAGGGAGAAGCUGGAUGGCUCGGGCGAAGGCGCGGGAGGGACUAUCGGCGAGUUGGAAGAGAAGCUGAGGAGGCUGGAGGAGGAGCGCGAGAGGAUAGAGCGAGAUCCGUUCGGCUACGAGGGCGAGCUCGGAGGGAAGGACGCGGACGGGUCGCAGGAGAACGAGGACCCGAUCGUCGAACCCGAAGGUCGUGCGACAAGUCGCUCGGACCACCAGAGUGUAUCUGGCAGCUCCUCGCAAGGUCACCAACUCUCGCACCACCACUCAAAUCACACUGGAUCCGCGCAUGCGCAUCAUCACCAUCCACACCAGCACCCUCGCAAACGACACUCACACCCUCAUACCCACCACAAUCCAUAUCAUUCCGUGUUUCCACCUGCACGAACCGCUGGCCGCGACGCAUCGCAAUCACAUACGCACUCGCAAACCCUUCCUCCAAUCCAACGACCGGCACACAGCGCACGGCUGUCGCUUCCAGGCCAUCGCGAGCUCAGCGCAGGCCCUGGCGUCAUCCAUCUACAAGCCCCAGCGGCUGUUUCCUCUCACGUUCACAAGUCCAGCGGUCGAUCGCAUGCAAACGGACAUACCGGUCGUGCCCACUCCAACUCAGGCUCGGGCUCUGCAUCGGGAUCCGGGUCAUCCGCGGCCUCCUCUCCGGCGCCGGCAGCGGGUGGGUCCAACCUUUCGAGCCGCGCACCGACCUUCGAGCCCUCGGGACUUGGGCUGAGCGCGGCGAGGAAUGCGUCCGUCGCGAGCAAGUCUGAAUUGAACCCUGGGAGCAGUCCGUUUGCUCCACGAUCAGGUAUCGCGCAAGGAACGUACUCCCACACAAGACCUCGCGGUGACUCUACAUAGUCGACAAAGCCCGUGCUAUCACGUCGUUCACGAUUGUAGCGUCUAGUAAUUUAAUGUACGUUCCGGCGCACGUAAUAAGAUAUCUGCAGGAUGUAUUGCACCAUCACGGUAUACACAUAAGUAUUUUACACAUACACAGACGAAUUGACAAGAUCCCGGCGUGGGCAAAAAGCGGUGUAGUCCCUUGUUUAUGGAGAGUUUGUAUCGAUGCUGG